UAAAUAUUUUCAUUUGAACCUUGAACGUGCACACAACAAAUCUCCCAAGAUAAAAGUACUCAGUUUGCGUUUAGAAACACGCACCGGCUGUUGUUGUUUAGAGAACAACAAAUUGGAAAGAUAUCGAUCAAAGUCGUCGCCUUCAUCCAACACCUGAAGGGGUCCUGGACAUGACUGCCACGGAGAAUACCAUCCGUUUCAGUGUCCACACCCUGGACAAAGCAACCAAAGCAAAAGUGACAUUAGAAAAUUAUUACACUAAUCUAAUCGCCCAGCAUGUCGAAAGGAAGCAAAGAUUAGCAAAAUUAGAAGAAUCGCUAAAAGAUGAAAGUCUCUCGGAGGAACAAAGGCACGAAAAGCGACUACAGCACGCACAGAAAGAAACGGAAUUUCUCAGGUUAAAAAGAUCUCGAUUAGGCGUAGAGGAUUUCGAUCCGCUGAAGGUGAUAGGAAGGGGAGCGUUCGGCGAGGUCCGCUUGGUCCAGAAGAAGGACACGGGUCACGUGUACGCCAUGAAGAUUCUCAGAAAGGCGGACAUGCUGGAGAAGGAGCAGGUGGCGCAUGUCAGAGCCGAACGUGAUAUAUUAGUGGAGGCCGAUCAUCAGUGGGUCGUCAAAAUGUACUAUAGUUUUCAAGAUCCUAUCAAUUUAUAUUUAAUUAUGGAAUUUCUGCCCGGGGGUGAUAUGAUGACGCUUCUAAUGAAGAAAGACACACUUUCGGAGGAAUGUACACAAUUUUAUAUUGUGGAAACUGCUUUAGCUAUCGAUUCUAUACAUAAGUUAGGUUUUAUACAUAGGGAUAUUAAACCGGAUAAUCUUCUGCUCGAUGCGAAGGGGCAUUUGAAGUUAUCCGAUUUCGGGCUGUGCACUGGGUUAAAGAAGUCUCAUCGGACAGAUUUCUAUAGAGAUUUAAGCCAAGCCAAACCGUCUGAUUUUAUAAUAACCUCCAGUCCAAUGGAUAGUAAGAGAAGGGCGGAAAGUUGGAAGAAGAACAGACGAGCGCUUGCUUACAGUACCGUGGGCACGCCGGAUUAUAUUGCGCCAGAAGUGUUCUUACAAACUGGAUAUGGACCGGCUUGCGAUUGGUGGUCGUUAGGUGUAAUCAUGUACGAAAUGCUAAUAGGGUAUCCUCCGUUUUGUUCGGAAAAUCCACAAGAUACUUAUAGGAAAGUUAUGAAUUGGAGGGACACUCUCCAAUUCCCAGCUGAAGUUCCGAUCUCAGAAGAGGCCAAAGAAACUAUCGUUAGGUUUUGUUGCGAAGCAGAAAGGAGGUUAGGUUCCCAAAAGGGAAUUGAAGAAUUAAAGCUAGUACCAUUCUUUAGGGGGGUGGACUGGGAGCAUAUACGUGAAAGGCCGGCUGCUAUACCAGUAGAAGUCAAAUCAAUCGACGAUACGUCUAAUUUCGAUGAUUUUCCAGAUGUUAAGUUGGAAAUUCCUGCUGCACCUUUACCUCAAGACGGUGAAGUGUCUUAUAAAGACUGGGUAUUUAUAAACUACACAUUUAAAAGAUUCGAAGGUUUGACACAACGAGGCACACCUACUAAGAAAUAGUUCUCUUUUAAAUAUUAGAGAUUACGCAGAAGUUAGCUUGCAAUUAAAUGUGCCCUUAUUUAUUUGAAGGCUCUUAUUUUUAGAAAGCGAUCCCUCCCUCGUUUUGACCCCUUUGUUGUUUUCGUUUUUUCUAAAAAUAAGUUUGUGUAAGCUCAAGGGCGGGUUGUAUGUAAAUGUGCUGUGAGCUGUGAAAAUGCAACGUGUUUGUAAUGAUAAAAAGUGCCGCCGCCGUUGCGUCGCUGUGUUAUCAUUAGUUAUGUAUCGCGUUUAUUGUUUUAUUGUUGAAAAUCGAUCACCUACUACGUCUAGAAAAUUUUUAACUUUUUGAUGUGCAUGCAUGGUAAAAAAGGCACA